AAAAAAAUAACCAGGAGAUUUCACAGAAUCUCUAUAAAGACUCUUUCUAGUCCUUUCAUCCCCAAUUCCUCUCUCUCUCUCUCCCUCUCUCUCUCUCAAAAUGGAGCUGGGUUUGAGCUUAGGAGAUAACAGUACAACACCAAGACCAUUUGGGUUUCUGGCCAAGAAUCGAGAGAUCAAAUCCACCCCCACUAACAGAGGGCUAGAGUUCUGCAUGGCCCUGGGGAUCAACUCUAACGGGAAAAGACUGCUACAAGACCAAGAGAGAGAUAAGUCAAGUGGCGAUGGCGAUGAUGAAUCAGAAGCCGUGAAGAGAUCAAGAAGUACAAGAAAUGGUGAUCGGACGGUCUCUGUCGACCCCCCUCUCCAGCUCGCCCUCUCAUGGCCCUCCGACAACGGGAGUUCGGAAGGGGGUUCAUCGGAGAAGGUGAGGGGGUUCGACGUGAACAGGCUGCCGCCGGCGGCAGCGGACGCGGAGGAUGGGGCGGCGGUGUCUUCCCCUAACAGCGUAGCGUCGUCGUUUCAGAUGGACUUCUGCGUCUUCAGAGGUGCCGGUAACAAGAGGGACUUGGAAGCUGCUGCCGCCGCCGCCGGCGUAAACGACGGCGGUGAUGCGGAGAGAGCCUCGUCAAGGGCCAGCGACGACGACGAGAACGCCUUGUCCAGGAAGAAGCUAAGGCUCUCUAAGGAGCAGUCGGCUUAUCUCGAAGAGAGCUUCAAAGAACACAACACUCUUAAUCCCAAACAGAAACUCGCGCUAGCGAAACAGCUUAACCUUCGACCUCGUCAAGUGGAGGUCUGGUUUCAGAACAGAAGAGCGAGGACGAAGUUGAAGCAAACGGAGGUGGAUUGUGAGUACUUGAAGAGAUGCUGCGAGACACUAACGGAAGAGAACAGAAGGCUGCACAAGGAGCUUCAGGAGUUGAGGGCUCUGAAGAACUCCAACCCAUUCUACAUGCAACUCCCGGCCACCACCCUCACCAUGUGCCCCUCUUGCGAGCGCGUCGCCACCACCACCACCACCACCUCUGCUGCCGCCGCUUCUGCGUCUACGGUUAUCAACAAUACUACUAAUACUUCUACUGACUCAAAGUCGAAAGCUGCUAACCCUUUUGCUCUCUCCAGGCCAAGAUUCUACCCUUUCUCUCAAUCCCAACCACCACACCAGCCUGCAGCUUCAUGAGAGAGAAGGAGAAGGAGAAUGAGGAGAGAGAAAACCAUCAUCUGAGUUUGUUAAUGGCGGUGGUGGUGGUGAGUAGGUGUAAAUACACUCUGAUUUCAGCUGUUUGCUGUUAGAUAAGGUUUUGACAAUGAUGGGUUUGUUUUGAUGUUUUGGGGAGUUUCUCCACCACCCCAUCUUCCUGUGAAUGUUGUGGGGGACACAUCUAUAAUUCUCCAGACUCCAAAAAAAAAAAAAAAAAGAAAAGAAAAGAAAAGAAAAAUGAGAGGGGUAUUGAAGUAGGCUAGUAGAAGAAAAUCUCCCACUUUUCUUCAGGUUAUUUGGGGAAGAAAACUCGGGGGAAGAAAACACAUGAAUAUUUAUUUCUUCUUUAUCUUCAAAUACUAGUAGAAUGUUUUGUGUUUAAUUA